AUUAUCACACUAGAAUAGAAAUACAAUCAUUUAAUGGUAUAAAACAAAUUCUAUGAAAUAUCUGUCUGCCUCUGCAGUUAUGGAGCCAAAAUCCGUGCCCCACAUGCCCUGGUGAUGACUUUCCUGUUCAAGAGUGGAAGUUUAAGGGAGAAGCUGAAAUCCAUUGCCCAGGCUACCUACGCUCAUUCCAGGAACCUGGCCUAUUUUGUGUUCACCUACAAGGGGCUCCUGGCAGCACAGUCCCGGCUGCAGGGGAAAAAAAUCCCAUUUCAUUCUUUCCUUGCAGCCUGCAUUGGGGGCUGGCUGGUGUUUGGUGACAACAAUCCCAUCAACAGCCAGAUCGUCAUGUACCUGCUGUCCCGGAUCCUGUUUGGUCUGUCUCGGCUGGCUGUGGAAAAGGGCUACAUCCCACAGCCCAAGCAGGAUCCCUUCCCCCUCGUGGCUGCCCUGGUGUGGGGCACAGUUCUGUGGCUCUUUGAAUACCACAGGGAGACUCUGCAGCCCUCCCUGCAGUCCUCCAUGACCUACCUGUACGAGGACAGCGAGGUGUGGCACGACCUGUCCGACUUCCUCAUUUACAACAAAAGGACAGACAGCAAGUAGGUGCUUCACUCUAGAUCACCUCAGAAUGGGACCUGACCGCCCAGCAGCUGAGGGAAAAGGUUGUUCUGUUGCUCUUGACCUGUGAUUUUUUAAAAUUAACAUCUGUCAAGCGGAGUUGGCUCUUGUCUUCAGGCCAGAAUGUUCUGAUCAGUAUUUUGGCUCCUUUUAGAGCAAGCACACGCCCCACAGAAACGUGUUGCAGUCUUUUUUAAGAGGCUUUAUUUUCCCUAUAAGUGUGGCGUUGGGGUUUGUUCUUUAAAAACUAAAUAUAUUUAUAAAAUGACAGCCAGACACUAAGUGGAGAGUGUGAAGACAUGUUCUAUGGCUCAUCUGAAUGUUUGGAAGUUCUUUUUUUCUAUGUCGCUGUGCUCACUGCGGUGUGAUCGAGGGUGAAGGGAGUGGGAGACCUGCUGAGCUCUGAAAGCAGGGCCAUCAUUUCUUCAUUGCUGUGGAUGGCUGGAAAUCCUGUUUAAACUGUUACAAGGACAGUUGUGUGCUCCUUGAGAGAGUUCCUCUGCAGUUUUCCCUCAGGGAGACAGUAAAAUGUGUGAGAGUAGAACUGGUAGGAUUGUCUUGUACCUGCCUGGUAAAUCAGGCUUGGAAAGACUAUUUUUGCUUGGUUUCUUUCCUGCACUUGGGCUGAAUCUGGGCCUCUGCAGCAUGCACUAAUGAAUAACCUGUAAUUAUUUUAAAUUUGUUUGUAAAGCUUUUAAAAGCUGCUUGAACUAAAUACCAAAAACAGUUACACAACUUGGGCUCCUCUACAGCCAGGCUUUGCAUCUCACACUGGGGACUUUGUGUGUCCAAGGGAGCAGCAUUUACCAAGCACUUUUAUUUUGGUGGAGCAUGACAAUGGUUUCUCUGAGGUCCAGAAUCUGCCCUCCACAGCAGUGGCACAUGUUGGCACUAACCAGAUUUGAAUCUGAUUUUGUACCUGUAGUUUGUGCAGGCUCGUUGCUCAGCCAGGCUGAGGCCAUGAAUUAAUUUAUUAAUUAUCUUCCUUGCAAAAACACACUUCUGAGCUCUGGGAUAGUGCAGCAUGCCCUGAGCUGUGACAGAAGAUUGACUAGAUAGCUGAGAAAGCACAAAAACUGGUUUAAUUAAUCAAUUAAUAAAUUCAAAUUCCUCAUAGUGCAAGGCACUCACCUGCCAUAUAACACUACACAGUUCACUCAAUGACGUGCACUGAAAUAAUUCCUGCCACACUGGUUUGAUGUGGUGAUUUUUCCAAGAGAGUCAUGAGGUUCCCUGUUCCCCUUUUGGCUCAGUUGGGACUAUUUGGUUCACUUCCCUUGUAUUCACCUGCUUUUCCCUGACCUGCCCAUGUUAUUUCAUAACCCUGCUGAUGCUCUCUUUGUAAUCUUUUGAACUCUUUAACCCUCCAGGCUCUGGAAAUUUCUCCUAUUCAAUGUCACAGCUGAAAUGGUACAUUUAACUUCAGGGAGCUUCUGAGUAG